AUGUCGACAGUUUCGACAGAUACAGUUGAAGGAGGCGAUGUAUCUAUUGCGACAGACACAAAUAAUAAUCUUUCAAUGAAACCCAUCAAACUACAGAACCCUCCUGCGUCCUAUCGGUCGGCAGUAUGGAAGCAUUUUGGAUUUAAGAUAAUUACAGUGAACGAAAGGCAAGUUACGGAACGAGAUAAAACUGUCUGCAAAAUUUGUUUCAAUGAAAUUAGUUACAAGGCAGGAAACACAACCAAUAUGGCUGUACAUUUAAAACGUAAACACUCAGUAUUAUUGAAUGAGAACCCAAUAAGCCCAGCAACAGCUAGUCUAAAAAAAUCUCCGUCUACAAUGUCUGUGAAAACAAGUAACAGCACACAUAAAGGGCAAUACACUCAAUUGCAGCUUCACAACUUUUCUAGUCCAAAAACAAAGUUCCCGUCAACUUCACAGAGGAGUCGAAACAUAACCGUGGCAAUAGCUGGAUUUCUAGCAUGUAAUAUGCGCCCCUUUUCAACAAUAGAAAACAUUGGAUUUAAGAAUUUGGUUAGCAUUUUAGAACCAAAAUUUGAGAUGCCUAGUAGAACACACAUGGCACAAAAAGUGAUGGUUAGCAUUUUAGAACCAAAAUUUGAGAUGCCUAGUAGAACACACAUGGCACAAAAAGUGAUGCCAGAACUCUACAUAAAAGUAAAAAAGAGAUUUCUAACUGACAGUAAUAAAGCAGAUUUCAUAACUGUGACAACUGAUGGUUGGACAUCUAGGGCUGCCCAGAGUUAUAUUACAAUUACUGCCCACUACAUUGAUGACAGUUUUGAAAUUCAGAACCAUACUUUACAAACCAGGCAAUUAAAUUCCUCUCACACUGCUGAGAACUUAGCUGAAGUUUUGACAAAUGCUGUUGAAGAGUGGGGUCUCAAGAAGUCUCAACCAAUUGCCAUUACUACAGAUAAUGCUAGUAACAUUGUCUCUGGAAUAAGCAGCAUUUCAUCAGAAUUUUCCCCCCACAUUAAAUGUUUUGCACAUACAUUGAACCUUGCGACACAGAGGGCAAUUAAAUGUCAACAAGUUGGUAGAGUUGCAGGUAGAAUUCGAAGGAUAGUGUCUUUUUUUCACAGAAGUUCUACAGUUACAGCUAUUAUGGCAUCAAAACAGGUUUUGCUUGAACUUCCAAAACACCAAUUGAUCCAAGAUGUAUCAACUCGUUGGAACAGUACGUACGAUAUGUUUAGUAGAUAUAUUGAGCAGCAACCUGCAGUGUUUGCAACCCUUCUGUCUAAGGAUGUCAAAAAGAAUCUGAAAGAUGUAGUCACAUUGUCUGAUGAUCUCAAAGCAGUAGAAGAGUUCAUCCAUGAGUUUUGA